AUGGUGGAUAAUAUUGGUGAUAUUCCAACAGUAACUGUCACUGAUGCUUCAAAAAGUUUUGAACAUACCAAAAGUUUUGACUCUGCAAAAAGCUCAGAAUCACUAAAGAGUGGAGACACAGUCAAAAGCAGUGAUACUCCUAAGACCCCUGAUGCUACCAAAUCUCAAGACAGUGAUAAAACACCUGACUCACCAAAACUAGUAGAAACUCCCACCAAGCAGUCAGAGACUUCUAAACAAUCAGAAGGCAGCAAGAUAGAUGCUUUAAAAAAUCGUAUUCAGGACAAAGGAAAGGGUGCAUUUAAAUGGAAACUGAAAAAAACGCCAAAAGGUUCUGAGUCCCCAAAUUCUGGAGGCAAUUCAUGUGAGAAAUGUCGUCAGUUUGAACAAGAAUCUAUGACAAUGAAAGACGAUCUGUCUUCUGUUGAAGAAGAGCUUGAAGCCAGUCGUGUAGUGGUGUCUUUUCUUCAAAAGGAAAUUGAUCAGCUCCAGCGUCAGUUAAAUACAAGAAGUGAAUUGGAAAAAGAAGAUAAAAAAGGUGUGGAGGAAAUGUUAAAAAUUCGGGAUGAUAACAUUGUCAAGUUAGAACACCUAUUGAUGAUGACCAAAACAGAAAAAGAAUCCCAAGUCGUAUCAACACAAAAAAUCAAGAAUGAGAAUGAGGCACUGCAGCAACAAGUGAAGAAGUUACAAGAUGAAAUCAAAGAGAAGGAAAUUUGUAUCACCCAACAAACAAAACAGACAGAAGAACUUAUGAAAGAAAGUCACAAAGGAUCUCAUAGCCAGUGGUAUGAGGAUGAUGGAACUACUACAACUAAAGUCAUUAGUGACAACUUCAAAAAGUUGGAAAUCUUAAAUGACAUGGUUCAUGCCUAUGAGAUGCAAAAUAAAUUUUUAAGUAUUGAAAUUCUUGAAUUAAAUGAGCUUCGACAACAAAGUGAGAAGCGAGAGAAGUUGCUCAGUAUGGAACUUGCUAAGCAGGAGGCCAAGUAUUACAAAAUUAUGAGCAAGUAUUUAAUCAUUUUGGAAAACUUGAAAAAGGCCACACAAGGGGAUAGUGGACACAAGCCUGAAGUGGUCAAACAACUACUAGAGGAAGUUCUGGAUUCAGAAUUCAAUUUCAAAGGUGAUUUUGCCUACUCACAGACGAAUUCUCCUGAAUAUGACAUGUAUGGCUUUGCCCGACAUGCUCCUUCCAAAGAUGGAGACCUUCUAUCAGUGCGAGCCAGUGAAAUGCAGAGGAAAUCUGAAGAACUGAAUACUAACAUCAAGGAGAUUGAUGAAAAGAUUACACACCAGCAUAAAUGGGAUAAUUUCAUGACAGGAUUAGACAAGAAAGAAUUGCAAAGAUCCUCAGAAUUGAAAGCAUUAAUUCGGUCAGGUGUUCCCAAUGAACACAAGGAGCGCAUAUGGAGUGGAUGUGUCAACUUUUAUGUUGGUCAUCGAAGGAAGCAGUUAGAACCUGAUCACUAUCAAAAUUUGGUUGCACAAGUCAUGAACCAAAAACCCAAUCCUGAAGCUAAGCAGAUUGAGUUGGAUCUACUACGGACAUUACCAAACAACAAAUAUUAUAUGUCUUUGGAGAGUGAGAAAAUACAGAAGUUAAGAAGAGUUCUUUUAGCCUUCAGCUGGCAGUGUAGCUCUGUAGGUUAUUGUCAGGGAUUGAACCGUCUUGCUGCAGUUGCUUUAUUGUUUCUUAAUGAAGAGGAUGCUUUUUGGUGUCUAGUUGCAAUUGUCGAGUAUCUGCUACCUCAAGAUUAUUACAGUUCAGCUAUGGUGGCUGCACAAACUGACCAACGAGUUUUAAAAGAUCUAGUCCAAGAGAAGCUGCCACGCCUUCACGCCUAUCUUGAGAAGGAGAGUAUCGACUUGUCCUUAUUCACCUUCAACUGGUUUCUUACGAUAUUUGUUGAUAAUGUUCCACCUGAAACCUUUCUUCGUAUAUGGGAUAGUUUUUUAUAUGAAGGUAGUAAGGUGUUAUUUAGAUUUGCUGUAGCAUUUUUCAAAGUUGCUGAAGAUGAAAUUGUCAGUCAGAAAAAUAAUAUGGCUGUUAAUAAAUAUCUUCAAGUUAUGGGUGAAAAAAUGGUGAACUUAAAUCAAAUAGUCCAGAUUGCAUUCCAUUGGCUGAAUCCUUUUCCAAUGCGAUCGGUAGCUUCCAAGAGACAGUUCCACCUUCAGCAAGUAAAGGCUGAAUUGGCACAAUUAGAUGCUCUGAGGGAAGCUUAUCGAGUAUCCCAAGCUGUUGCAAAACAAAACCAAAAAGAACAAGAGGAAGAAAUUGCUGCAGAAGAGAAACCAGAAGAGAAAUCCUCUGAGAUUAUCAACAGUGAAGAUGAUGAUUGA